AUGAUGACGGUGAAGAAGAUGAAGACGAUUAUGGUGAUGACGAUUCUAACGUCUGAUUAUGUCAGAGCGCCCGAAACCAAAGGCACAACUAUUCUGCUAUUCUAUUGCGCACUCAAACUUCUGGCGUUCCAUCUCACCUACCACGCAGCCAUGGCUCGCGGUUGCCCGGCGCUGUGCACACUUCUGGUGGUGCUGGGCGCUUGUGGUGCGUUCUCUGGAAGCUUUGUGACAGGACGUUUGCCUGGCUGUUCGCCACCUGCCCGUGUCGAGGCACAGACAAGGCGAGCUUCCGAUGGCGACAGGACGAGCCGGCGAGGCUUUCUAGUUCCUGUACUCCUCUGUGCCCUGCGGCAGGCACAAGAAGCUGAGCAUGGAAGCGCAGCGCUGCAGUCAGAGGUGUCGGGUGACCAGUCAAAGUGGACUCAGUGCUGCGUCACACAGGACACUGGGAACAUCGCAAUCAAAAGCCACACUUUCCGUCAAGACGCAGUGGAGAUCCUCGGAAACAUUACCUACGCCGGUGCUUACGGCUGGAAAGAUGGAUUCAAUAUUUACCCUUACAAGGAGCACUGCCUUCAUGCCCUGCAACUUGAUAUUUGUCCGAUGGUGCAACAGACUCUGUUCGAUGAUUUCGGAGUCUUUAAAAGUUACGCCAGAGUGAUCGAGAUGAUCCGCGCCUUCGACGCCAAGCACCAUUUCAAGACGGAGUCUUAUUGGUUGCGUGCACCAGCAUGUCCUGACGGCAUGGAAUCAGCCACAGAUGCGGACCGAUGCACACAGGAUCUAGAGUCUUUCCUGCAGUUCCUACGUGUUUUCAAGACUUCGAUGGAACGG